AUGGUUGAUCCCGGACAUUUUCCCAAGUGUCUAGAAUUAAGUGUCUAUGCGAGAGGUGCAUGUUCCGUUAUGACUCCGCUCCGUCAUCCCGUCCACGAUGGUGAAAGUCGAUCACUCCAGUGCAGUUCAAUGAUGAUCUUGCCUCCCUCGUCCGAUCUUGACAUGCAAAGAAAAAAAAAGUCACAUUCUCGCCUUUCAUACGGUCUUGCCCUUUAUGCCUUUCCUUUUGUAGAAGGUCGAUAG